UCUCUGGUUGUGUUAUUCAACAGUAAAAUUUUCAGUAGCUUCGAGUGAAACUGACGCACAUACGGAAAUAAAGAAAUGGAUCGCAAACAUUCACGGGACAUGGAUGAACGUGCUAGCAGAUCAAAGAAAAGAAAAUUCACGGGUUUUAGUAAUACUUUGUACUAUGCUGUUGUGGAAAAUAUUUAUAUUGGAGCAAAGGCUAUUUUCGAUAUUUUGCGAAGAAAAGCAGUAGAAGAGGAAAAAAUUAAAAAUUCUAAAAAUGGCAAAUCAAUAACUGAGAUAACUGUUUCUGGUGAUGCAACGUGGAAGAAAAGAGGCUUCAGUUUAUUGUUUGGAAUCACAACACUUAUUGGUAAAUAUACAAACAAAGUGAUUGACCUCCUUGUAAAAUCUGCUUGUUGUCAUGCUUGUAAAUUAUGGGAAUCUAAACAUGAAACUCCGGAAUAUGAAAUUUGGAAAGAAAAUCAUACAGAAGAAUGUACUGUAAAUCAUGAUGGAUCAGCUGGGAAGACGGAAAUUGACACCGUAAAAGAAAUGUUCAACCGAUCUUGGGUACUGUUGGAAAUUAAGUACGCUUAUUACAUUGGUGAUGGAGACUCUAAAACUUUUAAAGCCCUAUUAGAUAAUAAUCUUUAUGGUAAUAAUUUACAAGUGAAAAAAAAAUGCGUACGACAUGUGGAGAAGCGAAUGGGUUCACGGUUAAGAAAUAUAAAGAAAACUCAUAAACUUGGAGGAAAAAAUAAAUUAACUAAUACGAGGGUCACUAUUUGUAUUUUGAGUCUAAUAAUAAAAAAACAAUAA